CUAUUGGCUGCUGCCUUGUUGGGGCUGGCGCUGCCGCUGAUAUUUUACCUGCAGUUCCGGUUUCGAGGCCUGUGCUUGAUCCUGUGGAAUGAUCACGUUCUGCUGCCAGUCCGCAACCUGCUCAUGGGUAACAGCAAGGAGGAUCGCAUCCUGCGCCACGUGCAGCAGUGUGCACGGCCCGGGAACCCUGAAAGCGUGCUAGAUGCCAUCGACACGUACUGCUCACAGAAGGAGUGGGCCAUGAACGUGGGUGACGAGAAAGGCUUGAUUGUGGAUAAGGUGGUGCGAGAGUGCCAGCCCUCUGUGUUGCUGGAGCUGGGCGCCUACUGCGGCUACUCUGCCGUGCGCAUGGCCCGCCUGCUGCCGCCUGGUGCCCGCCUGCUCACCAUUGAGCUCAAUCCUAUCUAUGCCACCAUCACUCAGCAGAUGUUGGAUUUUGCUGGUCUGCAGGACAAGGUAACAGUUCUGGUUGGAGCGUCCCAGGACAUCAUCCCCCAGCUGAAAAAGAAGUAUGACGUGGACACACUGGACAUGGUCUUCCUCGAUCACUGGAAGGACCGGUACCUGCCGGAUACGCUCCUUCUCGAGGAGUGUGGCCUGUUGAGGAAAGGGACAGUGUUGCUGGCUGACAAUGUCAUCGUCCCAGGAGCACCCAAGUUCCUGGAAUACAUGCGUGAGAGUAGUCGCUUUAAGUGCACCCAUUACAGCUCGCAUCUGGAGUACUCGGACGAGGUGGAUGGCCUAGAGAAGGCCGUCUAUGUGGGCCCAGGUCCCAGGGCCUCGGUGCAGCCCUGA